CCCGCCCCCCCGGGCCACCCGGCGCCAAGGUGGUUGCCUGCCAUAGUGUCUGUCGAGCUCUCUAUCGGAUCGAUCGAUCGAUCUAGUUGGUUUGUUUUUCGAAAACGGGUUUCUCUAUGUAGCCCGGGCUGUCCUGGGACCAGGUGUGGAACUCAGAGAUUCGCUUGCCCCUGUCGCCCCCCCCCCCUCCCCAGAGCUGGGAUUAAAUGUGUGCGCCCCCGUACCUGGCUGCCAGUGUUUUAAAACCUGCCACCCCGACAGAUCUGGAAAGGAGUGGUGGACUCCUGGCUUUGUUGCUCAGGUGCCCAUAGUGCCCUACUGUGCACAUAUGUCCAUCCCAACAGUUUUGGGAGUGGUGGGCUCAGUGGGUGGCAGAGGGACAUUUUGAGACCAUUAGGGUUCAGUGAGUACUGGCUGUUACUAUUCUGCCAGGCACUGGGGAUGCCCGGAGCAGGAUCCCUGGUCCUGGUCUCAGGCAGGGGACCGACAGCAGGAGGGUAAACAAACUUGUAUGAAAUAUGGCUUGUAUUAGAAAUGCUGAAAUCUUGGAGCCAUUUGCUGUGUGCGAGUCAGCUCUGCAGGAUUUGUUUCCUCGGUGAGAGUGAGGUAUGUCCCUUUGAUCUAGAAGAAAGAUCUUGGCUGACAUGCAGGGUUGGCCUCUUUCUCGAUCUGUGUGAAAACCUGGCAGGUUUAGGUCAGAACAAAACUGGCAUACGUAGAUAGGGGGUAGCAUUGGCACUGAGUAGGGGCAGAGUUUUUAGUCUGGAACAGGCUCCUUGACCUGUGUUCUGUGCCUUAGGAGAGGAAGGAGCCGUGGAUUUCUCCCGAUCCUUGAGGCUAAGACCCAAAACGGCUGGAAGUUUCUGUAAAGGAAUGAAAGUGCCUUGGCUGCUCCUCCGCUGCUCCGUGUCACCACACAGAUGUCCACUGUGCAGUAGUCGUGUUGGUUUUGUUUCCAGGUGUUUGUCAUUUCCUGAUCAGACUGAGAUACGGCUCAAUGCCCGGUUAGCCGGGCUGCGAGUGCCGUGACCAGGAUCAUGUAUGUGGUGGCACUCUGGUCACUGGUUCCUUUGACCUCAUUGGUGUGCUCAGGGAGAGCUGCUGCCAGGGCAGGCACAUAUGGGACAGCCUUUGUUCGGAGUUGCACAUACACCCCUACCCUUAGUGACUUCAGUCUGCCUGCCUUUGCAGCCCAGCCUGUCCAGGUUUUGUUUUUCUUUUGAGGAGGGCGGGGUCUGGCUUUUCGAAACAGGGUUUCUCUGUGUAACAGCUCUAGCUGUCCUGGAACUCUCUCUGUAGCGCUGGCUGGCCUCGAACUCACAGAGAUCUGGCCUGCCUCUAAGUACUGGGAGUAAAGGCAUGCGCCAACCACCGCCUGGCAAGUCUGCUUGCUUUUGUAACCCAGCCCCUGUCAGGUUCUAGCUCACAACACAGCAGUCGUUUUGGAGUAGUGUGAACUUGGGAAAUCAGGCUCCCUAGCCAUGCUGCACAAAACCUAUAACGUGUUCCAAGCAAGGCCAGCGGCAGUGAGCUGCUCUUUCUUUGGAGGGGGAAAUCCAGUGACGCUGAACCCCUAAUAGCCUAAUCUCCACCAACCCCUGCGGUCCCUGCCGGCUCACAUUCUCCCCUCCCCCACCCUUCAUCCGGCUUCUUUGACUUGUGCCUGAGCCUUCUCUCCAGCCUAGAAACCUUACUCCCGCCCCUUUGCGUGGCCCCAGCUUUAGCUCCGGGCUCUUUGUCACAGCUCCGCCCACUUGGGCACACCCUCCAGGAAAGGUUCCCUGUUUCUAACCCACUCACUCUGGGUCUAAGCUGACUGAGAUGAGCCGUCGAGAAGCCAAGGUCCUCCCAGCUGGCCACUGUUACCCAUCCCUAGGAAUGUGGGCCUCAGAGGCUGGCUGUGUGAGGCUCUCUGUGCCACCCUCUAUCAGGUAGCUGUCACCAAGGAUUCCUGAGCUGAAGGACCCAGGAGCGGCUCAGUGCCUAGUGGGAGGUCGUCACACAAAGAGCCCGACGACAGCAGGGGGGCAAAGCGCACGCACGAAGCCUCGGGGUUGGAGGAAUCCAGCCAUGGUGAACGAGGGCAGCAGCAGCGGCAGCGAGAGCUCCAAGGACAGUUCGAGAUGUUCCACGCCCAGCCUGGACCCGGAGCGGCACGAGAGACUCCGGGAGAAGAUGAGGCGCAGAAUGGACUCUGGUGACAAGUGGUUCUCCCUGGAGUUCUUCCCUCCUCGGACUGCUGAGGGAGCUGUUAACCUCAUCUCAAGGUUUGACCGGAUGGCAGCAGGGGGCCCCCUCUUCCUAGAUGUUACCUGGCACCCCGCUGGAGACCCUGGCUCAGACAAGGAGACCUCCUCCAUGAUGAUUGCCAGCACAGCCGUCAACUACUGUGGCGUGGAAACCAUCCUGCACAUGACCUGCUGCCAGCAGCGCCAGGAGGAGAUUACAGGCCAUCUGCACAAAGCCAAGCAGCUUGGCCUGAAGAACAUAAUGGCACUGAGGGGAGACCCUGUAGGUGACCACUGGGAAACAGAGGAAGGAGGCUUCGACUACGCCACAGACCUGGUGAAGCACAUCCGGAGCGAGUUUGGCGACUACUUUGACAUCUGUGUGGCAGGUUACCCCAAAGGCCACCCCGAGGCAGAGAGCUUUGAGGAGGACCUGAAGCACUUAAAAGAGAAGGUAUCUGCAGGUGCCGACUUCAUCAUCACCCAGCUCUUCUUUGAGGCCAACACCUUCCUCAGUUUUGUGAAGGCCUGCACAGAAAUCGGCAUCUCCUGCCCCAUCCUGCCCGGGAUCUUUCCCAUACAGGGCUACACCUCCCUUCGGCAGCUUGUGAAACUGUCCAAGCUGGAGGUACCACAGAAGAUCAAGGACGUGAUUGAGCCAAUCAAAGACAACGAUGCUGCCAUCCGCAAUUACGGCAUUGAGCUGGCUGUGAGCUUGUGCCGGGAGCUGCUGGACAGUGGCUUGGUCCCGGGCCUCCACUUCUAUACCCUCAACCGUGAGGUGGCCACCAUGGAGGUGCUAAAGCAGCUGGGCAUGUGGACUGAGGACCCCAGGCGUCCCCUGCCCUGGGCUGUCAGCGCACAUCCCAAGCGCCGGGAAGAAUAUGUGCGUCCCAUCUUCUGGGCCUCCAGGCCAAAAAGCUACAUCUACCGCACGCAGGACUGGGACGAGUUUCCCAAUGGCCGCUGGGGUAAUUCCUCCUCACCGGCCUUUGGGGAGCUGAAGGACUACUACCUCUUCUACCUAAAAAGCAAGUCCCCCAGGGAGGAGCUGCUGAAGAUGUGGGGUGAGGAGCUCUCGAGUGAAGAAAGCGUCUUUAAAGUCUUUGAACAUUACCUCUCAGGAGAGCCAAACCAGCAUGGCUACACAGUAACCUGCCUGCCCUGGAACGAUGACCCCCUGGCAGCGGAAACCAGCCUGAUGAAGGAGGAGCUGCUGCGAGUGAACAGGCUGGGCAUCCUCACCAUCAACUCACAGCCCAACAUCAAUGGGAAGCCGUCCUCGGACCCUGUUGUGGGCUGGGGCCCCAGUGGGGGCUACGUCUUCCAGAAGGCCUACUUAGAGUUCUUCACCUCCCGGGAGAUAGUGGAGGCCCUUCUGCAGGUGCUGAAGAAGUAUGAGCUCCGGGUCAACUUCCACAUUGUGGAUGUGCAGGGAAAGAACAUCACUAAUGCCCCCGAGCUGCAGCCCAAUGCUGUCACGUGGGGCAUCUUCCCUGGUCGAGAGAUCAUCCAGCCUACUGUGGUGGAUCCCAUCAGCUUUAUGUUCUGGAAGGACGAGGCCUUUGCCCUGUGGAUCGAGCAGUGGGGCAAACUGUAUGAGGAGGAGUCCCCAUCCCGCAUGAUUAUCCAGUACAUCCAUGACAACUACUUCCUGGUCAACCUGGUGGACAACGAGUUCCUGCUGGACAACUGCCUGUGGCAGGUGGUAGAAGACACAUUCGAGCUGCUCAACGGGCACAGCACGAGGGGCGAGGCCCAGGCCCCGUAACCCUCCUGAGCCCCCUCCCUCAUCUCUCCACACCAUGACAGCUAGACCGCAGGAGGCAUCCGGGCUCUGGCUGGACCUGAGAUGCCCCGUUUAGGAGGCUCGUGCUCAAGCCCCUGAGAUAAGAUUGACCUGAGCAGGGCCCAGCUACACCCAUAGCCCACCCCUGCCAGCCGCCUCCUCCCUGUUCAGCCUAGCCUAGAAGCUGUCCCUGGCAUUCCUCAUCAGGCCAGCCCUCAGGCCUCACUGCCUGGGGUAGUGACUGGCAGGUACAGAUGGCUGCUCCUGAGGCCUGGCUCCCAGCCUGCCGGUCUUGUUUGAGUCAGAGAGGGGGAGGAAGUUGUCCAUAGAGCAACGUGGGCAGAGCAGCGAAUUCCCUCUCCCUUGUCUCCCAGGCCCAGGUGACCGCAGUGGCAAACGGCCUUGGAGGGACUGAGCAGAAGCAGUCAGGAUGAAGGGGUCCUUUUAUUGCCCCCUCCCCUGAGCUCUGGGAGCUGACCCCUCCAGCUGUGGGCCUGUUCCUUCUCCCAGGGGGCUAGGCUUGGUUCUGUUCUGUUCAUGUCUCGGGAAGAUUCCAUAGCAAAACUGCUGCUGGGUCCUGCUCUGCCCCACACCUGCUAUGUCCGGGCCACGGUCAAGGUUUCCAGGACACAGGCUGCUGCUAGUUCCUCUAGUGGGCUCCUGGCUACCAGGCGCUGGUACCACUUUUCAAAGGCCUAGAAGCAGGGAGGGACAAGAAAUGUCAUUUGUCUCAGGCUCCCACCAGGGCCUGACUAGGCCUGUCAAGACUCACACCUGAGCUACGCACUGUCCCAACCAGAGGCCCUUUCCUCUGCCCAAUCAUACAGGCCCUGUAUAGACCGGACUUGUGACCUGGGAAGCUGUGCUCAGUGACCUGCAAAUGAGAAGCCUUGCUUGACCCAGGCCCUACAGAGACCAGUAUGGGCAGCCAGUGCCACAAACAGCCUGGUUCUCAGAGUGAGUGACUGUGACACUGGUCUCUCAUGUCCAGGCUGUGAGCUCUGUAACCACUGACCAACUUACUGAAUGAGGAGCCCUCAGGGUGCUGAGCAGGGACAACCCCUCCCCUCUCCCUGGCUCAGCCCAAAGGUGACACUGGUUUUGGAAGGCUGGCCAGGAGGGGUAGGGCCACCUGGGAGAGGACCCGGCUCUCUUCUUGCUGGUACAGCCGCUGAGCCACCUGCAGCUGAAGGACCUUUUUCCGCCAUGUCCUCCAGGCCUGUUCCAGGUGCCGUUGUCUGUGCUGCAGAGGGAGUUGGUACAGGAGACUACAUCUCGCUGUCCUGGCAGCCCUGGCCCUUCUACUUCUGCCACCCCAGGGUGGAAGGGAGGUGACAAGGGGCCGUCAUCUAAGAAAUGUUGGCAGACAGACAAAGGCUCCUGAGUGCCGUCCCCAAGGCUUUGGACCAAGGAAUGAGAUGAAUGAGAGAAGUUGCUCCCAGGGCCUCUGCAGGGUAGAGAGGACGAACUAAGCCUACCCACCAGACUCCGAGACAGCUGCUCCACCCAGUGAACGUCUACCCAGCGCUGCCAUGCCCUUGCCAGACACCUGGCCUGCUGGGAAGCCUGGAUAUGCCGACACUGUAGGUGCCUAUUCCUGCAGGCCAAGAACAUCACAACCUCUGCAGGGGGAAGAGCAGGAGCCCCAGGGCCUGAGAGGACACCCCCACCCCCAAGAUGUCACAUGCACAGCUGAUCCUGCCACCUUUGAAGAGCUUCUCUGUAGCCCUGGAUGGCCCUGGCCCCAGAGCUGCAGAGUUCUAGUCCUGUUGAGGGCCGUGCCCGUGCAGGCAGUGGCAGCCAGAACUGGAAGGUUAGGUGGAGGGGCCUCUCUGUGUCACCUGGAGAGGAGAAUUGGGUCAAGAGAGAGUAAUGCCUUGGUUUGGGAGAGCAGUGGCCACCCUUGGGUCUCCAGGUUAUGGCCAAGGAGCCAAUGGGAGUAAAAGAGAUUCAAGGAGCUGUGAACAGGGGCGGGGUUCACAGGGCUGAGGGCUGGACCCAGGGACGCGGCUCCUUACUCAGAACACAGGACGUGGUCCUCUGUAUGCCUCUUCCAUGCUGCCAUGCCGGGCAGGACAGCACAUUGUGUGUCCCGCAGCCGUGGAUCUGAGGGAACAGCAGGGGAGCCAGGAUCAGAUGCAGUGGGCUUGAGCCUGACCAGGAGGGAUUCCCGCCUGUCCCCUGCCAGCAGGCUCCCACCUGUGUGCAUCGUGGGGUGUUCCACCUGACACCCAGAGUCUGAAGACAUCUGAGCAGAGACUGGCCCAACAAUGGCUGCCCUGUGACAGAGCUCAGGCUGUCCCCAAGACCUAAGUUAUGUUCCUGGCUGAAGCUUGGACACUGCUGAAGCCUUGCCCCUCAGAUAUGGCCUGACUCCAAGGUCUGAGUUCCCAAAUAAGACAACCUGUAUGGGUGACCCCUCCCACUACGGGAUGGCUCACCGCCUGCAAAUGGUGCACACACGCACACCUGUGGUAAAGAGCAGGACUUGGGCACCAUCCUCAGUGUCUUCAAGGCCCAGUAGUGAGAGCACACAGUAUAUGAGAGCCUUUGCUGACAGGAGAAUGAAGUGUGAACUUUUAAAGGGUGGCUGAGUUGACGCAACCUGAACUAUACCAGCUGGGUCUACAAAGCCCUUAACAUCUAGAAGUAAAACAGCACGAGACCCCAUAAUCUGUUGUUGCCCUAGUUCCAUGCAUACCUGGGAGUUCUGAAACCCAACAACACUAUUGCAAUUGCUUAAAAAGCAAAAGACACUUUGGUGACUUCCUUUUUUGUUUUCAGAGACAGCGUUUCUCUGUGUAACAGCCCUGGCUUUCCUAGACCAGGCUGGUCUUGAACUCACAGAGAUACACCUCCCUCUGCCUCCUGAGCACUGGGAUUAAAGGUGUGGGCCACCACUGCCUGGCUUCCUUAGGCGCUUUCUAAAGUCAGUUCUGUUCUGUCUGGCAGUCUGAAGCAGAACUCUUGGUGAUGCCAAGUUGUCUUUAGGAACACCGCCUGGCCUGUCAGGAUCGUGGGCUGGGUCCCUCAGCUGCAUCUCCAGGCUGUUUCUUGCCCCGUGCAUCUGUGAUAUCCUCUUGACAGGUCAUAAGCCUCGUUCAUUGUCAGAGCUGAGAACUUCUGAGUCGCAUUUUGGUACAAAAAAUGUAAAGCAAAAACACUACUUUCUACUUCAUUUUCUGUAAUGGGCACAUUUCAUUUCUUCCAAUAAAAGUAAAAUUGCUGCUGUC